AAUGUCACAGCUGAGCACAUGGGCAGGGUGUGCAGGAAAUAAGUCACGAAAGACAACGACAUCUAAAAUAGGAAGAGAUCACAGAGCCUGUGGCUGUGCAAGGUUAGUCUCUUGCUUCCUCCUUUGUACCUAUUCACACAUUACCGGAACGUUGCAAAGCUGAGAUAAUUAAUCACUUCUUUUGACAAUAUUGACAAUGCAAGAUACUCUGUUGCGAGUGUUUGUGGUGGCUCUGGGUCUCCUAACGUAUCCGAGGGAUGACCCUGGGGUUGAGGAAUGGGACGAUAUCACCACAGUGGGCAUGCAAAAGCACGAAGAGAGGCUGCUGAGAGGAGAGGAACUGGGUGACGAAAUGGCACCUGUCACCGAGGAAAUGACACAUACUGACAGAGGGCCUCGUCGGGAUGACUUAAGAAACAUUCAGUCUGAGAAACACGUUACUGAAAAAGAUCAAAUGUCAGUCUUAGAAGAUAUUACUGUCACCAAACAUGAUUCUGCGGAAGACGCUACUGAUCACAACUCACCAGAAGCAGAUUUGGAUCCAAGUCAGCCACAAAACUCUAAACGUGAACCUGACCCUGCUCUGAAGACUUCACAAAUUGACCAUGAGCAAAAUGGAAAUCUACAGCUGGACAAGAAGAGUAAACAGGGAGAAGACAUCCAGACUGAUGGCUCUUUUACAGACCAAAGCAGGCCACAAGGGCAACAAGAAAAGCCUGAGGAGAAGGGAGUGUUCAGCUCCAAAGAACAAGAAUCACCUCCAUCACACCUUCACACCAUGACAUCAGAAAAUGAAACUUCAGAGGCCAUCACUGACUGGGAGGAGGACUACCUCUGGUACAUAUGGAACACAGUCUCCAUCAUUUCCAUGAUCCGCUUCUUUAGGAAAUACCUAGGGAAAAUUUCCCAAAUAAAACAAGGAGAAGCUAGGGCCUUCCCAGUGACCUGCACCGCUGCUGAAAUGCCACUACCAGACAGUGAAACUCUGCAGCGAUUUCAUUCCAAAUGUAUUCAAGCCUCAUCCGAAAAUAAGUGGAAGGAGUUUUUGGAGGGGUUUGCAAAGGAUCUAUUGGAGGCCAUGAGGACUGUCUGUGAUGGAAAUAGCGGUAUGGUGAUUGAGGACUUUCAGAUAGUGGAUGUGUGCAAUAUCAUCGUCCCCUUUACCCCACCUGAUCCCUAUAGUUUCCAGUGUCUGCUCUGGAACAAUCAGGCAAGUGACCUGCUGCCAGAUAUGCAAGUCUGUGGUCGAAUCCAACUGAUGAAAAAUAAAAUCCAAAAUGGCUGCCCCUGUCAGUCUUCUAAUUCAGAUGAUAUGGUGUGCUUGCUGCAUUGUGAGACUGAGGAAGUAAAGAGGAAAAUGACUGAUGUUUGUGCCGGCCUUCUUUGCAUGAAGAACUCCCACUUCCUGUCAAAAUCACAGGUUACUAGAUGGUUUCAGAACACUAUCAAACAAGCGUGGGGACAGAUUUCACAUAAGUAUGAGUUUGAGCUGAACAUUCGCUACAUUGGUGCUCCAGGAGCUCUGAUAGUUCGAUUCAGAUCAGGGAAGAAGAUCAGCUUCAGUAUGAAUCCUGUGGUCAAAGUCAACGCUGAUGCUCAUUUCUUCAUUAAUCCUCACUCUCCAAACUUGGAUACUUCCUGGACACUCUCCCUGACCGGCUAUGAAGACAAUUUCUUGGAACACAUCUCUAAACGCCUGCCUGCAAACUCAUGCCACAGUCAAACUCUUGAAAUUGCACAUUUCCUUCACAGGAGACAGACAGUAUUGUCAGGAAGUAGCACUCUGGAGGAUUUGCAUUUCAAAAUUGCACUAAUGCAUCUGCUUUUGACCAAAGACCCAUCGCAGUGGAAACCCAGCAAUGUGGCCUGUAGGCUUCGAGACUUACUGGCCUUCAUGGAGAGAAGCCUCAAGACAAAGCUGCUGCACCAUGUUCUUAUUGGGAACCCUUUAAGUCAGAGGGUUAUUGAACUUCCUGCUGAAUUUACUCAUGCAAAUACCGUGAAUCUCUUCCAUCCCCUUGUGGUACACAACUGCCUCUACAGAAAUGCUGUGAUGCAUUUCCAGGAAAUGCUUAGCAAUUCACACAUGCUGAUACAGGAUUAUGUGGAAGUGUACGACCGUGGCAAUUGUUAAGUCAUUUA